AUGGGUGUGUACAACCUCAAUGCCAAAGUUUCAAUCAUGGCUGUUUACACCCUCACGAUGAAACAUUUCCGAUUUCCACAGCUUUUCAUCCUUUUUUCUCUAUUUAUGAUCACCAAUCUUUUCUCUGUACUAACCCCAUUUACAUUUACAAGUGCUUUGUCCUUCAACUUCACUAGUUUUAGCUCUCAGGAACUUAAUAUAUCAUACGAGAAAGCUUACGCUGAUGAAGACCAAGUAAUCCAGCUCACAGGCAGCACGCUGAAAGAAGGGUUGGCAGGUCGAGCCACUUAUUUCAGACCCAUGCACCUGUGGAACAAGGCCUCCGGAAACCUCAAAGAUUUUUCUACCCAUUUUACCUUUGUCAUUGAUUCGCAGAAUCAAACAAAAUAUGCGGAUGGGUUGACCUUCUUCCUCGCACCUAAUGGUUCCAAACGUUCUACGGGUACCUAUAGUAAAAAUCUGGGUCUCUAUAACUACCCACCGUCAAACUCACAGGAUAGUUGUUUUGUUGCAGUGGAAUUUGCUAUUUGGAGCAAUUUCCAAUGGGAUCCGCCUGGGGCACAUGUAGGUAUUGAUAUCAACUCCAUGAAAUCUGUUAAUGUGCCAUGGUUGAGUAAUAUUUCUAUAAUGGAAGGGAAAACAAAUGAAGCUUGGAUUAGUUACAAUUCAAGCUCAAAAAAUUUGAGUGUUGUCUUUACUGGUUUUAAAAACAAUGUUACUGUUUUGCAAUCGCUUUCUCGUAUUGUUGAUUUGAGAAAUUACCUACCUGAGAGUCCAAUUACCUACGAGAAAGCGAAAUGUGAUGGUUUAGGGUAUGAUUUCUCUUCUCGUAGUAUUGCUUCUACCAAUACUACUGUUUUUGUUCCUCCUGCUAAUAAUGUUGAAACUGAGAAUAAUGAUGUUAAGAAUGAAUUAGCUAAUGAGAACAUAGACAAAGACCUUAACAUAUCAUAUGAACAGAACGCUUACGCUGAUGAACACCAAGUCAUUCAACUCACGGGCAACGUGGCAUGGCAGGUGGGUCGAGCCACGUAUUUCAGACCUAUGCACCUGUGGGACAGGAACUCUAGAAAACUCACAGAUUUCGCUACGCAUUUUUCCUUUGUCAUUGAUUCGCAGAAUCAAAAUUACUAUGCAGACGGGAUGGCCUUCUUCCUCGCACCUAACGGUUCCAAAAUACCUACAGGUACCAAAGGUGGCUCUCUGGGUCUCUUUGACCUAAACUCAACGAGUAAUCGUUUUGUUGCGGUGGAGUUCGAUAUUAUGAGAAAUGAAUGGGAUCCGCCUGAGGUACAUUCACUUUCUUAUACUGUUGACUUGAGAAUCCACCUACCUGAAUGGGUUACUUUUGGAUUCUCAGCCGCAACAGGCUAUAAUUAUGCUAUACAUACUAUUCAUUCUUGGAAUUUUAGUUCAAGUUUGGAAAUUGAAAAUAACAAUACCGACCCAAAUGGCCCCAAUCCAGUCCUCCCAAGCUCUAGGCUCAUCAGAACAUGGAAAUUGCCCAGAAAACGGAGGGGUAAUGAAGAUGAUGAUGCCCUUGAUGAAGAAUUUAAAAGGGAAGUCGGACCUAGGAGGUUUUCGUAUGAUGAAUUGGCUCGUGCGACAAACGAUUUCAACAGCAAAGAAAAGCUUGGCCAAGGAGGAUUUGGUGAGGUUUAUAAGGGAUUUUUAAGGACCUUAGACUCUAUUGUUGCUAUCAAAAGGGUAUUAGAAGGGUCUAAACAGGGCAUAGGGGAGUAUGUAUCUGAAGUAAAAAUUAUCGGUCAAUUGAGACAUAAGAAUUUAGUGCAACUCAUUGGAUGGUGUCAUGAAAAAAGUAAAGGACAACUAUUACUCAUUUAUGAUUUCAUGCCCAAUGGAAGUUUAGAUUCACAUCUUUUUAGAGAAGAUACCUUAUUGGUAUGGGAAGUGAGGUACAAAAUUGUACAAGACUUGGCCUCAGCCUUGCUUUACUUGCAUGAAGAAUGGGAAAGUUGUGUGUUGCAUAGGGACAUAAAAUCAAGUAAUAUUAUGCUUGAUUCAAAUUUCAAUGCCAAACUUGGGGAUUUUGGAUUAGCUAGGCUUGUGGACCAUGCUAGGGGAUCACUAACUACUAAUUUGGCAGGUACCCAGGGCUAUAUGGACCCAAGAUGUGUCACAACCCGAAAGGCAAAUAAAGAAUCAGAUAUCUAUAGUUUCGGAAUUGUUGCAUUGGAGUUAGCUUGUGGAAGAAAACCAGUCAUCCACGAGGCCCCAGAAGAUCAAAUAGUCAUGUUGGAGUGGGUUCGGGAGCUCCAUGGAAGAGGAGAAGUACUUCUUAAUGCGGCUGACCAAAGGUUGGGUGGAAAUUUUGAUGAACAACAAAUGAAGUGUUUGUUGAAUGUAGGGCUUUGGUGUGCUCACUCUGAAUAUGAUCGUAGGCCUUCAAUAAGGGAAGCAAUUCAAGUGCUCAAUUUUGAAGCUCCAUUGCCUCUUCUUCAAUUAGAUACCCCUCUGUCAUUAUAUCGUACUCGAACAGUGAAUGAAGCUACAACUUUGCUUUCAACCUCUAGUGGUGCUACUAAUUCUACAAAAUGA